UUUUGAGGCUCUGUUCUCCGUUGAGCCCAAUUUACGUACUCCUAUUCUGUGCUAGCACUCCUUGGCUCCCCGUCGAGCCUAAAGACUGUUAGCAGCUUCAUUCUCCUUCAGGUACUCUUUGAGAAGCUCUCCGAAUUUCCUUCACAUGACAAGCCCAAUGAUGUUGAUUGCUAUGCAAGACUUGAUGCAGGUGGCCCUCGUGGUUGCUUGCGUCUUUGCCGGCUGGUCCCUGCAAACGUCUGCCUGUUCGUUCCUCCUUCAACGUGUGACCUAUCCCCUGAACAAGACGGUUGAGUGCACCGACCUUGACACUGAGUCCACAGAGGAGGACUAUGUCUAUGGUGAUGACCGUAAGGAGGUCUUCGUCCAAGACGAUGACAUUCCUCAAGGGUUCAAGAUCCUGGAGCAGUACGGUGCCUUUGGUGCUGCACCAGGUGCUUGGACGAGCAGGGUGGCCAAGAAGGCAUGGGCAUAAGGAGUUGGAGGGGCUCUUGAAAGCUUUGCCUGUCCAUUGAAGACCAGUCCAUAUGAUUUACUGAGACCAGCUGGUCUCAGUGGGGUGCAAAGACUUAUUUUGCACGCCCACCUCCAUAUUGAGCUCAGCUGCUCCAGGUAGCAGCACUUUGAGAACAGAGAACAGACGUCCAUAUUUCUGCGUUUGCGGACUAGAGCUGUGACCAGAAUCGGUACCACUCGAUUCGCCCUUGGGGUCACCCUAUGCGCGUCAAGGGGACGCACCCGGUCCAAUGGCACUCGCCACGGAGUAUCAGCCCAAGUACGGGAAGCUAAUAUCUGUG